AAAGAGCCGCUCUUCUUUGAUGAUUGGGCAGCGGCGAACUUCAAAGUCAUAAAUCUCACUCCUGACUGGCUGGCGGCCCACCAAAGUCCUUAUCAAAUCCAAAGAAGUGAUCCUUCACUCCCUCAGAUAGUCCAGGGAUAGCUGGAGGAGAGCAAGCGACGCGAGCGCACUUUCCGUGAGAACACGUAUUCAAGUAUUUCUGAAGAAGUGAAUUUGGCUGCUUUUAACCCGCGAAGCUUGAGGAACUCGAGGAAGUGUUGCCAUGGCAGCUGUGGCUGUGCUGAGGAACGACACACUACAGGCAUUUCUUCAGGAUCGCACUCCCAACUCCUCGCCGGAAAACAGCAAACACUCUCCUCUGGCGCUUCUAGCGGCGACGUGUAACCGGAUCGGUCAUCAUCACGGAUCCACACCCACGGACUUUAUUCAAGUUCCCUACGACACGACCCUCGGGUCUCCGUCACGGAUAUUCCACCCUUGGAGUAACGAGGCCAAUACCCAGCCCUCGCUUUCCAACAAUUCUUCCUUUGGACUGUCCUCCAAAUCUCACCUGCAGGGCUCCUACACCACCCACCACGAGCUCCCGUUAACCCCUCCGGCCGACCCCACCUAUCCUUAUGACUUCUCUCCGGUCAAGAUGUUGCCAUGCUCCAUGCAGUCGUUACAAUCAAGCUGCCCGCCGACCUACGUCCCCGCCGUCACCUACGCAGCGCCGCCCCCCAUCCCGCACGGUUUCGUCCCGGGACACUCAGGGCUAGUCCAUCAGCAGCAGAGACAGCUGUCUCCAAACCCCGCGGAGGAUAUACCGUGGUGGAGCCUUCAGCAAGGAAACCACGUCAGCCACCCGGCGAGCCUCGGCCCGCACCGCUUCCCCAUCCAGAGGGGCUUGGUGUUGGGACACACAGACUUUGCACAGUACCAGACUCAAAUCGCAGCCCUCCUCCACACCAAAUCCCCUCUGGCCACCGCCAGGCGCUGCCGGAGAUGCCGGUGUCCUAACUGCCAGUCGUCCAGCUCCAGCGACGAGCCCGGGAAAAAGAAACAGCACAUAUGCCACAUCCCCGGAUGUGGGAAAGUAUAUGGCAAAACGUCCCACCUGAAGGCGCACCUGCGCUGGCACUCGGGAGAGAGACCCUUCGUGUGUAACUGGCUCUUCUGUGGGAAGAGCUUCACCCGAUCGGACGAGUUACAGAGGCACCUGAGAACUCAUACCGGGGAAAAACGCUUUGUGUGUCCGGACUGCUGCAAGAGGUUCAUGAGGAGCGAUCAUUUGGCCAAACAUGUGAAGACGCACCAGAACAAGAAGAGCAAAAGUCAGGAAAAAAACUCUGAUUACGUCAAAAGAGAAGACCUGAGACCUGUGUAGUAGACUUGGAGGACCAUAGACUAGUGCAAUAUAUACAAUCUUCAGGAUCCUCAUGAAGCGAAAAGUUUUUUUUUGGACUUGUAAAUACAAUUUUCAAGUCAUUCUCAGUUCCUCGAGGAACCCUGGAAAAUGUUUCCUGCCCCUGAGCUACUCAAAACAUUAACAAGUUUUAACUUGUGUUCAGAUCUCUGUCUUCGGUGGAAGAUUUCUUUAUUCUGUAAAUAUAUUGAUAGCUUUUGUUGAAUGAAAGUGUCAGUUCUCGCUCCUUGUGGGGUGUUUUAGCAUGCUAUUGGAAACCAUCUGUUAAACUUUCGAAAUUAUUGUGUGAAAAUAAAGAAUAUGACUUGUACAUGCCAUUGAAACAUAAGACGGUGAAGUGGAGUUAUUAACAGUGGAUAGAUUUAUUUUUUCAAGAGAAAAAAUGUGAGUUAAACGGAUGUCAAAGUUUGAAUUUGAGUAAGUUUGAGUGUGUAUCAAACGCUUAACAGAGAAACAGUGAAACUCUGUUAAUAAUGUCUAGAAUGAGCCGAAUGAAGCACUGUGAGAUUCAUCAGUUAUUAGGAUAAGUAGAGCUCUGAUGUUCAGUUCAAAGGACAGCUUUUAUACAGCAUUAUAUGAGUUUAAGAACAAAGUCGGCAAAAAUGACAAUAAAGCAAACGCUAACUGA